AGGGCCGAAACGCUGCUUUAUCGAAAAAUUGUUCUAUCAAAUGAAAGCAUUGCUAUCUGCUUUCUUUCAUCACUUUAUAUUCGGUCCCAGCACCGUGAUUUCGCUCGAGGGACCGUGAAAUCAUUAUGUAUCGAGGGUGAUGUACGUCUGAGUACAGCCGCAAAGAUACUUUCCCUGUGCAGUGGUACUACCAAUCUCUCAUUAUGGAUUGCGCCAUCGGACAUCAAGAACGGAACAACAAAUCCUCUACUGCAGCCCUUAAGUGACCUCCCACUAAUAUCAUUAUCACUUAGUAUAUCCCUCAUUUUCCGUUACACCCAGUUGGUCUGCCUUUCCUCUUUCAAGAUCUUCAGUACAGUGACACAUCUUGAAAUUCUCAACGGCUGGGUGCUAUGGAGCUCUACAGUUGGUCUGGAGUACCUCCAUAGACUGACGCACUUGUGUCUACAUAUCCAUACACGAAGGACUAAGCCAAAAUUGGUGGCGUCCCUUCUCACUCUGCCACACCUCCAAGUAGUUGUGUUCCGUAUCUCAGAAGAUAUCAACACAGUCCAAACAUUCCUGGAAUCUAACUCCCUCAGCGACUCUCGCAUCGUGCUGGCAUCUCAAGUUCCCACUACCUGGGGUGAAUUUGGAGGUGGCGAUAUGUCUCUCUGGAAGGGUGCUGAUCAAGUGGUAGAUUGGAGGCGCAACAGUACCAAAGGCAUGUCUUUCUAUCCCGAAAGCACACUAUGA